UCACGUGCCGACGGACGGCGCUUGACACGUGCGUAGUCAAACAGCUGAUCCGGCAAACAUGGCGGCGCUGAGGAGCUGCGUCUCGGCUGUUUGCGGCAUUCUGCCGAAUAAUAUAAAUUUACUGGGACACGGCUUGCAACAGGUACGAAACUACGUCGGCUGCAGGGUAAUCCGCGAUCAGAAGCGCAGAAGAUGGGCGAAGCAGUACGCCGAGGAACGCUUGCGAUUGGUUGCCUUGAAGCGUAACGAUAUCCUGCCAGUCGAGAUAAGAGAGCUCGCUGGCAAGCAAAUAGACGAAACGAUUCCAAGGCAGACCGCUUUAAGACAGCUAACGCCGAGAUGCGUAGUGACGUCUCGGGGUCGAGGUACAGUGAUACGGUGGAGGCUGUCACGAUUCAUCUUCCGUCACCUGAUUGACUAUAAUAAAAUGGCUGGAAUGCAACGUGCCAUUUGGUAGAACGAUGGACUUAGCACCUUGGACUGCAUAUCACUUGCGUAUUGUGUAUAAUUAAUACUAAUGAAACGUAAAUGAAUCCUAAUGAAGGGUAAAUGCACGGAUACGAGUAGAAUAUUAAAUAAAUUAUUACCAUGUUCCUCUA